UCUCUCUUUUUAAAAAUAUAAAGAGAGGAAAAACUCGCUAAACCCCACCCGUCCCAUCCUCCUCCCGCAAUCGCAAUCCCCAUCCCUCCGGCGGCGGCGGCGGCGGCGAAGAUGAUCAUCCCGGUGCGCUGCUUCACCUGCGGAAAGGUGAUCGGGAACAAGUGGGACCUGUACCUCGACCUCCUCCAGGCGGACUACACCGAAGGGGAUGCUCUGGAUGCUUUGAACUUAGUCCGUUACUGCUGUAGGCGAAUGCUGAUGACCCAUGUUGACCUCAUUGAGAAGCUCCUCAACUACAACACGCUGGAGAAGACCGAGACUACCAGUUAAGCGAACCUGGCAUGUUGGAUCACUGGUUCGUCGCACUUAGUACCCUUCAGUGGAGUGCUAUGCUGUGUUCUGCCAUUCAAAACUGUCUUCUGAUGAAUGUAUUUGGAAGGACCUCAUUACAUCCAAUUUAACUAGGGAUCUGCCUAUUGUACUUCUGCUAUGUGACCAUUUCUGGACAACUUUACACUUGAUGAAGAGACAUGGGCGUACUAAUUGACAUGCAUCUGCUCGUUUA